AUGCCAUGGCGAAAGGACGCUUGCGAUGUCGUUGAGACAUUUGUUGAGAUGCAAUCGACAGGCGAAGACGGACUCUCUUCCGAUCCGCGACCUCUUCCGAACCUGAGUCAAUCUGCACGAUGGACACGAAAUGCGUUGACCGUUGCUGGAGGUCACGAUCAAGGCGAUGCAUUGAAUCAACUCUCCAAUCCUUUCGGAUUGUUUGUCGACGACGAUCAAACGGUGUACGUUGCAGAUUGGGGCAAUCAUCGGAUUAUCGAAUGGAAAUGGCAGGCGACACAAGGUGAGGUGGUGGCCGUAGGAAACGGAAGAGGAAAUCGUCUCAAUCAAUUGAAUCAUCCAACCUAUGUGAUCGUGGACAAAGACACCGACAGUCUGAUUAUUUCCGACAUGGAGAAUCGACGAGUGAUACGCUGUUUUCGUCAAAAGGACAAAAGCCAAGAAGUGAUCCUCGACGACAUCGAUUGUACUCAAUUGUUUCUCGAUGAUCAACGAUGUCUCUACGUUUCCGACUGUCAGAAGGGCGAAGUGAGACGAUAUCUAUCGGGAGACAAACAGGGAACUCUCGUGGCCGGUGGCAACGGAAAGGGCAAUCAACUCAAUCAACUUUCAUUUCCCACCUACCUUGUCGUCGAUGAAGAUCAAUCGGUGUACGUGACAGAUACUUACAAUCAUCGUGUGAUGAAGUGGGAGAGAAAUGCGACUGAAGGAACGAUUGUCGCUGGUGGACGAGGACCGGGAUUUGAUUGGACACAGCUAGGCUCUCCGAACGGUAUCGCCGUCGAUCAGUUGGGUCGAGUCUACGUGGCUGAUCUGCUCAACCAUCGAGCGGUACGUUGGCACAAUGGAGUGAUACAACUGGCAGGUGGAUACAGUUGCGGCGAACAAGCAAAUCAGCUCAAUCGACCAUCGGGUCUCGCGUUCGAUCGACAUGGCAAUCUCUACAUCGUCGAUCACAGAAAUCAUCGAGUUCAACGAUUUGACAUUGAAACCAAUUGA